AGGCGCUCAGAUUCACACUGGAGAACUUGAUCUUGACCAACUCGUUUGGAUUGAUAGGAGAAAAAAAACCUUAAAGUUAUCAUUCUGAGCCAUAACUACCAAGAAGGUUUCCUCCACAACUCCAACAUCCAUUGCCAGACUUGGACAUCAACCUUUUGGGAACAUUACUAUUCAUUUUCUCUCCCACCCGUGGGGAUUAAACCUUCGCCCGGUCCGUGAACGCACCCCUCCUUCCCGGAGAGGGUGUAAAGUUAAAGUUGCCCCCGGAGAUGCAGUCCUUUCUCCCGCUUGCUGUGUAUUGCAUCAGCCUCGUCUCCCUUCAGCAGCUGCUGGCGAUGCCGGCUGCAAGUCCCGACAUCAACAGGUUGGACCUCAUCAACAGACUCAUGGACCAGACAGAGGAUGAAGUCUCGGCACCUGGAACCCAGACUCACGUCGCCGCCCCCUCUCCGGCCACGAGACCCUCCCCAAAAUGGCUGCCCGGUUUCCUGAGACACCAACCGGCUUCGGGAGCGAGAGCGACCUCGCCGAGCCUGGCGUGGGCUCGACCCAACAGAGCUUCCCCCGUCCAGCGGAGGGCCCCGAGGACCCGUCGCUACGCCCACUCGGGGUCGCGAGGGGGUCACCACUACCACCACCAGCACGCCCAGCUGAUGAGAGUGGGUUGCGUCCUGGGAACCUGUCAAGUGCAGAACCUCAGCCACCGGCUCUAUCAGCUCAUUGGUCAGAGCGGCAGAGAAGACUCAUCCCCCAUCAACCCCAGCAGCCCCCAUAGUUACGGAUGAGGUCGUUGACACCCCCCAAACACCCACAGCAAGUCUUUGUACAUGUCCAUUUAUUUAUCUUUUAAUGUAUUGCUGGUAGUCUUUGCAUUAGUUUGAUGUAGUCCCUAACCCUUGCUUAUGUGUCUCAAAAUGACAAUUAGACCCCCAUAAGAGAC